AUGCCCUUUAUAAGCAUCACCUGUUGGAGAACAAGCCGUGCUCGUGCUCAGCCGUGCUCGUGCUCAGCCGUGCUAGUGCUCAGCCGUGCUCGUGCUCAGCCGUGCUCGUGCUCAGCCGUGCUCGUGCUCAGCCGUGCUCGUGCUCAGCCGUGCUCGUGCUCAGCCGUGCUCGUGCUCAGCCGUGCUCGUGCUCAGCCGUGCUCGUGCUCAGCCGUGCUCGUGCUCAGCCGUGCUCGUGCUCAGCCGUGCUCGUGCUCAGCCGUGCUCGUGCUCAGCCGUGCUCGUGCUCAGCCGUGCUCGUGCUCAGCCGUGCUCGUGCUCAGCCGUGCUCGUGCUCAGCCGUGCUCGUGCUCAGCCGUGCUCGUGCUCAGCCAUGCUCGUGCUCAGCCAUGCUCGUGCUCAGCCAUGCUCGUGCUCAGCCAUGCUCGUGCUCAGCCAUGCUCGUGCUCAGCCAUGCUCGUGCUCAGCCAUGCUCGUGCUCAGCCAUGCUCGUGCUCAGCCAUGCUCGUGCUCAGCCAUGCUCGUGCUCAGCCAUGCUCGUGCUCAGCCAUGCUUGUGCUCAGCCAUGCUUGUGCUCAGCCAUGCUUGUGCUCAGCCAUGCUCGUGCUCAGCCAUGCUCGUGCUCAGCCAUGCUCGUGCUCAGCCAUGCUCGUGCUCAGCCAUGCUUGUGCUCAGCCAUGCUUGUGCUCAGCCAUGCUUGUGCUCAGCCAUGCUUGUGCUCAGCCAUGCUUGUGCUCAGCCAUGCUUGUGCUCAGCCAUGCUUGUGCUCAGCCAUGCUUGUGCUCAGCCAUGCUUGUGCUCAGCCAUGCUUGUGCUCAGCCAUGCUUGUGCUCAGCCAUGCUUGUGCUCAGCCAUGCUUGUGCUCAGCCAUGCUUGUGCUCAGCCAUGCUUGUGCUCAGCCAUGCUUGUGCUCAGCCAUGCUUGUGCUCAGCCAUGCUUGUGCUCAGCCAUGCUUGUGCUCAGCCAUGCUUGUGCUCAGCCAUGCUUGUGCUCAGCCAUGCUUGUGCUCAGCCAUGCUUGUGCUCAGCCAUGCUUGUGCUCAGCCAUGCUUGUGCUCAGCCAUGCUUGUGCUCAGCCAUGCUUGUGCUCAGCCAUGCUUGUGCUCAGCCAUGCUUGUGCUCAGCCAUGCUUGUGCUCAGCCAUGCUUGUGCUCAGCCAUGCUUGUGCUCAGCCAUGCUUGUGCUCAGCCAUGCUCGUGCUCAGCCAUGCUCGUGCUCAGCCAUGCUCGUGCUCAGCCAUGCUCGUGCUCAGCCAUGCUUGUGCUCAGCCAUGCUUGUGCUCAGCCAUGCUUGUGCUCAGCCAUGCUUGUGCUCAGCCAUGCUUGUGCUCAGCCAUGCUUGUGCUCAGCCAUGCUCGUGCUCAGCCAUGCUCGUGCUCAGCCAUGCUCGUGCUCAGCCAUGCUCGUGCUCAGCCAUGCUCGUGCUCAGCCAUGCUCGUGCUCAGCCAUGCUCGUGCUCAGCCAUGCUCGUGCUCAGCCAUGCUCGUGCUCAGCCAUGCUCGUGCUCAGCCAUGCUCGUGCUCAGCCAUGCUCGUGCUCAGCCAUGCUCGUGCUCAGCCAUGCUCGUGCUCAGCCAUGCUUGUGCUCAGCCAUGCUUGUGCUCAGCCAUGCUUGUGCUCAGCCAUGCUCGUGCUCAGCCAUGCUCGUGCUCAGCCAUGCUCGUGCUCAGCCAUGCUCGUGCUCAGCCAUGCUUGUGCUCAGCCAUGCUUGUGCUCAGCCAUGCUUGUGCUCAGCCAUGCUUGUGCUCAGCCAUGCUUGUGCUCAGCCAUGCUUGUGCUCAGCCAUGCUUGUGCUCAGCCAUGCUUGUGCUCAGCCAUGCUUGUGCUCAGCCAUGCUUGUGCUCAGCCAUGCUUGUGCUCAGCCAUGCUUGUGCUCAGCCAUGCUUGUGCUCAGCCAUGCUUGUGCUCAGCCAUGCUUGUGCUCAGCCAUGCUUGUGCUCAGCCAUGCUUGUGCUCAGCCAUGCUUGUGCUCAGCCAUGCUUGUGCUCAGCCAUGCUUGUGCUCAGCCAUGCUUGUGCUCAGCCAUGCUUGUGCUCAGCCAUGCUUGUGCUCAGCCAUGCUUGUGCUCAGCCAUGCUUGUGCUCAGCCAUGCUUGUGCUCAGCCAUGCUUGUGCUCAGCCAUGCUUGUGCUCAGCCAUGCUUGUGCUCAGCCAUGCUUGUGCUCAGCCAUGCUUGUGCUCAGCCAUGCUUGUGCUCAGCCAUGCUUGUGCUCAGCCAUGCUUGUGCUCAGCCAUGCUCGUGCUCAGCCAUGCUCGUGCUCAGCCAUGCUCGUGCUCAGCCAUGCUUGUGCUCAGCCAUGCUUGUGCUCAGCCAUGCUUGUGCUCAGCCAUGCUUGUGCUCAGCCAUGCUUGUGCUCAGCCAUGCUUGUGCUCAGCCAUGCUUGUGCUCAGCCAUGCUUGUGCUCAGCCAUGCUUGUGCUCGUGGUUACCAUACCUUCAGUUCACGCCUCAGCCUCAUCUGCUCUUGAACCAUGCACCGCAAUGCCUCUGA